AUGGCGGGCACCCUCCAGAGCCAGCUCCAGAGCCAGCUCCAGAGCCAGCUCCAGAGCCACCACCCCCACCACAGCCCGACCGAAUCCACCUCUCCGGACACGCUCAACAACGGCGUGCGCAGUAUCCAGACGCUCAGCGCGCCGCUGGACUCGUCCAUCCUGGCGCUGGCCCAAACCGACGAGUUCCUCUUCGGCGGCACCCAAAGCGGCAGCAUCCACGCGUGGCGCCGCAGCACGUUCCGGCUCGUGCACACGAUCCAGGCGCACGCGGCCGGCUGCCUGGCACUGGCAGUGGACCUGCAAAGGCGCGUGCUGUUUUCGGCCGGCGGCGGCGAUGGGCGCGUGCGCGCGUGGGACGCCGACUCGCUGGAGCCGCUGUACGACGUGUACGCGGCCGAGCACUCCGGCGCCGUGCUGGCGCUGGCGCACUUUGCGGAGGAGGACAGGCUGGCGCUGGGCUGCCAGAACACCAGCGUGCAGUGGUUUGACGUGGGCAGGCGCGGCGAGGCGGACAGCGCGCUGGCCGCGCGCGAAAUGGCUGCGCGUAGGUCGCGGUUCUUCGACGCCGACUCGGCGGCGGCGGCGGCGCCUGCCGUUGCCGUGUGCACGGCGAGCCCGGCUGUUGUGCCGGCGGCGCGGGGGUCGCCGCCGCCCAGCGCGGUGGUGGCCGGUGGCCGCCCGGCGUACGUCGUCGGCAGCGGCGGCGUGCACGCGUUUGCGCACAGCGGCUUCGUCUACAGCGUCAUUGCCGGGCGGCUGCCGUCGGGCGAGCCGGCGCUGUUCUCCGGCGGCGGCGACGGCGCCAUCCACGUGUGGACGGGCGUCGGCGGGCCGUCGAAGCUGCACAAGGCGGCGACGCUGCGGCGCGGCAGCGAAUCCGACGGCGACGGCGGCGGCGACGACGACGUGUGCGUGCAUGCGCUGGCGCUGGGCGCCGACGGGCUGCUGUUCGCCGGGCUGCAGAGCGGCGCCGUCGAGGUGUGGGACCUCGAGACCAUGCAGCUGAUCCGCGAGCUGGCGGGCGGCAGCGGCAGCGGCAGCGGCAGUGGCGCCGAGGCCAGUGUGUUUGCGCUGCACGUGGGCCGCGGCUGCCUGUACGCCGGCGACGCAGCGGGCCGCAUCCGCGUGUGGAACGGCGACCUGCAGCCGCUGGGGGCGUUCGACGGCGGCGCCGGCGCGGUGCUGGCGCUGGCCGGCACCCACGACGAGGUGGCGGCCGGCGGCAGCGGCAUCGGCGUCUGGGACACCUCGGCGGUGUGGGUGCGGCUGCGCUCGGUGGCCGGCGUGCCCGAGCUGCAGCCCGAGUGCCGGCGCGCGGCGCGCUUCCUGCGCGACCUGGCGCACCAGCUGGGCGCGGCCGACUCGCGGCUGCUGGCGGGCGCGCCGGGCGCGAACCCGCUGGUGUACGCGCGCUUCGACGCGUCGGACGCGAGGUUCGCGCCGGACGCGCCGACGGUGUUCGUCUACGGCCACUACGACGUCAUGCCGGCCGGCGACGAGGCGCAGUGGGCGACGCGGCCGUUCGAGCUGACGGGCCGCGACGGCUUCCUCUACGCGCGCGGCGUCACCGACGACAAGGGCCCGGUGCUGGCGACGCUGUUUGCCGUGGCCGCGCUGGCGGCCGCGCAGGCGCUGCGCGUCGCCGUGGUGUUCUGCAUCGAGGGCGAGGAGGAGCGCGGCAGCACCGGGCUGCACGCGGCCGUGGCGCAGCACCGGGCGCUGUUCGGCGUGCCGCGGCUCGUGCUGCUGUCGUCGGCGUACUGGCUCGGCGAGGCCACGCCGUGCCUGACGUACGGCAUGCGCGGCGCGAUCCGCGCGACCGUCCGCAUCGAGAGCUCGCGCGCCGCCGACGUGCACGCCGGCGUGUGGGGCGGCGCCGUCAGCGAGCCGCUGGCGUGCCUGGCGCACGUGCUGGCGCGGCUGGCCGACGGCGCCGGCCGCGUGCUGGUGCCCGGCUUCCACGACGCCGUGCGCGCGGUGGCGCCCGCCGAGGCGCAGGCCAUGCGCGCGCUGGUGCGGUGGAUCACGGCCAACGAGGCGAGCGCGCCGCUGGUUGCGCGCUGCGCGGUGGCCGGCCGCGCGCCGGAGGACGCGCAGGCGCGGCUGUACGCCCAGCUGAUGCAGCGGUGGCGCUUCCCGACGCUGACCAUCCACCACGUCGACGUGUCCACCGUGGCUGCGCGCAGCAACGCCACGCUGGUGCCGGCCGCCGCCCAGGCGACGCUCAGCGUGCGCGUGGUGCCCGACCAGACGCUGGACGACAUUGCCGCCAAGCUGACCGCCCACAUCCGCGCGGUGUUUGCCGAGACCGUUGCUGCCGAGCCGGCGCUGCUGGACGCGCUGGCGCUGCAUCUGGACGUGCAGCCGGUGGCCAACUGGUGGCUGGCGGACCCGCAGACGCCUGUGUUCAAGGCUGCGGCCAAGGCCAUCCGCGACGAGUGGGGCGCGGCCGACGCCAGCGGCGCGCCCAGCGAGGACGUGCCGCUGCUGAUCCGCGAGGGCGGGUCGAUUCCGGCUGUGCCGUGGCUGGAGGCCUUUUUUGCGCCGCACGCGGUUGCUGUCAACCUGCCCAUGGGCCAGUCGUCGGACAACGCCCACCUGGACAACGAGCGCAUUUCGCUGGAGAACCUGAUGCGCGGCAGGCAGGUCGUGUGGCGGCUGCUGAAGGAUAUUGGGGAGGUGAUUUAG